AUUCAUUAUCAUCAUCAUCAAGUAGUUUCUGUUAUGGCGCCAGCAUCUUUACAAUUUUGCGCUCGCGUGCUUGUGUAGGCGAGGUAGCGUGCUGGGUUUGCUUAUCAUCAAGCGCGUGUCCAAACCAAACGUAAAAGUUUUAACGCAAGGUAGCCCUGCCAGCAUUUCUGCAAUUUCGCCUGCCUCUGAUUGCAGUGGCGUUGCGCCUGUGAAGCGCGAGGUUACGUAGUGCGCACUUCGCUGCGACGCGAUUUUCAAUGAACCCGAGUCGUGAAACGCAGUUGAGAAGACUGAAGUCUUUGAUACAAAACAGCGAGACACAAUUAACAUCUGUAUUAGAGAAACUGAAAUGGUCGAAGGACGAGGUCCUGAAGAAGAAGGGAUAUGUCGUGUGCCCUAUAGAUCCAGGGCACACAAUGCCCGAGGCAUCAUUGAGCGCACACCUUGACCUCUGUGCUUGGCUCAAGGAGGGAUAUAGCAGGCAAGAGAAGGAGGCUGCCCCACCAAGCUCACAUUUCUUUUAUGGAAGGUCCACAUCAGUUGUUCCUGUGUUAAUAGACAGGGAAACUCAAAGCAAGAUAAUUACAGAUGCAGCAUUCAGAGGAGAUGUUCCAGCUCAUCUUGCCUCUGCUACGGCCACCAUAAUGAUGCUCUUUGUGGCAAGACUUGUGUAUCCUCGCUUAAGGAUAUCCUUUUAUUUUUUACUGAAUGCCGAAGUUUGCCAGAAGGUGAAGAAUGGCGUGCCAUUGACAAUGGAACGCUGCUUUUCGGAGCUCACUGCUGCAGAGAGGUUUGCAGUCUACGACUAUGUGGUUGAGCGAGCAAAAGCCACAAACAAGGCAUCUGCUGUGAAGCUCGAGGACCUCCAAGUCAACUUUGAAAAGAAGCCUGACAAAGAUGAACAACACCCGCCCAGUGAGUUGGAGUUGAAAAGACAGAUGCGAGACUACAAGCGUCGAAGGCAGUCUUAUAGGGCUAAGAAUGUCCACAUUACACAGAAGACAUACACAGAGAUCCUCAGAGAGGUCAUAGAAAACCAAACAGAGUACCUCAAGCAACUUCAAACAGGAAAUGACGAAGGAGCAGGGUGUUCACCAAGACUGGAAGAAAAGGAUGACAUCGAAAGACAGCCACUGCCUCGUGCAUCAGAGUGGAGGGAUAAGAGGGAGUCAUCUGUGGUGUCAUCAAUGUCAUCAAAAUGGAGGCGCAGUCGUAGCCCCGACACUAAUGGUCGCAGCAUCGACAGAAAGCCUUCCGAUGAAUCCCACAGCAGACACAGGUCAACAGAACGUCAUGAGCACAAAAAGCAUCAUCGGUCUCAUCACCACAAGAGUAGACACAAGCACAAGCAUAAAUCGAAAGACACUGAAACCAUGGAGUAGAGCCAUCUUUCCCCCAUUUCUUGAAUAAAUUUGUACUGCUUUGCA